GUCUGGGCAGUGAGUUUGCCGAAGCCGGCUUUCGAAUGCCGAAGCCAUUGGUCAACAUUGUAGGACGGCCGGUCUUGUUAUGGGUGUUGGAUCAUCUGAGCCUUCGCCCCACCGAUGCCGUCUUUUUGGCCGUUCCCGUCGCGAUCAUGCGGCAGUUCGACCUUGAAAGAAUUGUGCGACGCCUGCUUCCUCACGUCGACUUCAAGAUUGUGGUCUUGCCUUUUGAGACGCGCGGCUGGCUAGAAACCGUGUUGUCCGUCACCAGGCAGAUGUCUGCCAAAGAAAGCAGGAACUGCCUCGUCACCUUAGAUUGCUCCACAAUCUAUCACGGUGUGGAUGUCUUGCACCUGUGCCGAGUUUCGGAAGGACAUGCUUCAGU